GGACAAAUGCAAAGCGGACAAACAGGGCGCGAGCGCACCGGCCAGACCAGAGCUGAGCGAGGACGAGCUGCUGCGCGAGAUCGAGGAGCUGCGCUCAGAAAACGACUACCUCAAGGAUGAAGUGGACGAGCUGCGAGCUGAGAUGGAGGAGAUCAGGGACAGUUACCUGGAGGAGGAGGUGUAUCAGCUGCAGGAGCUACGCAGGGAGUUGGACCGCUCCAAUAAGAACUGCCGCAUCCUCCAGUACCGUCUGCGCAAGGCCGAGCAGAAGAGCCUGCGUGUAGCACAGACCGGCCAUGUGGAUGGAGAACUGCUCCGCAACCUAGAGCAGGACCUCAAGGUGGCCAAAGAUGUGUCAGUGCGUCUGCACAAUGAGCUGGAGAGUGUGGAGGACCAGCGCACUCGGGCGGAGGAUGAGAACGAGAUGCUCAGGCAGAAGAUCAUUGAGGUGGAGAUCUCCAAGCAGGCCCUGCACAACGAGCUGGAGAGAGCCAAAGAGAUGGCACUGAGGAGACGAGGGAGUAGGGAAACCUUCAAGGAUAAGAAAUCUCUUACUCAGGAGGACAGUGCAGACCUACGCUGUCAGCUGCAGUUUGCUAAAGAAGAAUCGGCCUUGAUGCGCAAGAAGAUGGCCAAACUGGGCCGGGAAAAGGACGAGCUGGAGCAGGAGCUCCAGAAGUACAAGUCUGUGUACGGGGACGUGGACAGCCCCCUGCCCCUGGCUGAGGUGACGGGCGGCGGGCCGCACAGCACACGGGAGGCUGAGCUGCGACUGCGGCUCAGGCUGGUGGAGGAGGAGGCCAACAUCCUGGGGCGCAAGAUCGUGGAGCUGGAGGUGGAGAACCGUGGCCUCCGGGCCGAGAAUGAGGACCUACGUUCACAGUACGAGCGUGACUGCUUCGGCCGCGAGCCCUUUUCCAGCGUGCCUACAUCUCCAUAUGGCACCGAUGGGGCACUGGAGUCGGCCAGUGAACUGCGGCGCCACCUGCAGUUUGUGGAAGAGGAGGCCGAGCUGCUGCGACGUUCCAUCUCCGAGAUUGAGGACCAUAACAGGCAGCUUACCACCGAGCUCAACCGCUUUAAGUUUGGGCCUGGGCAAGGUGAUGGAGAGGCUGAGGGCGGAGGCACCUUAGGUGUCUUGAAGCCUGGAAAUGGGGGCAAUGGUGGUAAUGGGGCAAGCGUCCCACCAAGUGGUGCUGGUCUCCUGCAGGAGGAGCUGAAAGCCGCCCGUCUGCAGAUUGAUGAACUGAGUGGGAAGGUGAUGAAGCUGCAGUACGAGAACCGUGUGCUAAUCUCCAAUGUACAGCGUUGCGAUCUGGCCGCCCACUUGGGCUUGCGCUCUGGGAGCCCCAGGGACAGCGAUGCUGAGAGCAGGGAAGCUGAAGAUGAGGAGGCAGGACGGCUCCUGCUACUCCAUCCCAAACGGGAGGGUCCUGUGGGCGGCGAGAGCGACUCUGAGGACCCAUUCGAGAAGACAGCCACUUCUGGGUUUGGGAGUGGUGGGAAAGCGUCGGACGUCUGCGAGCUGGGAGGAGCGGAGCUAGCGCAGCGGAGGCGGGAGGAUCGGGAGAUGCUCAUGGGUAUUAAAAGGGAGGCGGAGCGGCUGGGAAAAACAGUGGAGCGCCUCAUUGUGGACACAAACAGUCUGAUCUGCGAGGGGCGCCUGGUCGUGACAGGAGCAGACUCUGUCGGGACUGCUGGGGAAGGUUACGAGUUCAGGGGCGACGGAGACACUGCCGAACCCAAGCCCGACUCUCAGGUGCUGGAUGCCAUCAACACCCGCAUGCGGGCAUUACGGGCAGAACUCCAUUCCUUUGUGGAGAAAGUGGACCACUUGGGUGAGGGUCUGAAAGAACGCACUGAUGACCUUUCACCCAUGCCCAACCUCACGGAGUCCAGCAGCUUCCUGUCCACUGUCACCUCCAUGUCUCGCGACUCGCCCAUCGGCACUCUGGGAAGAGACCUGGUGACAGACUUUCAGCUCCGGGACCCAAGCCUGCCAGAUGUGGGGACCCCUGCCAGGGAAAUGCAAUUCUGCCUGGACCCGGAAAGGAGACUGAGAGCAGGACAGGAGGAGAGAGAGAGCCUGUCCUCUGCCAUCACUCAGGAGGAGGAGAGGAGACGCUUGGAGGCACGACGGUGCCUGGAGCUGCAGGGGCUGCAGUCGCACGAGCUGGCAUGGCCUCAGGAAAGAGCUCUGCUGCAGCAGGAAGUACGUCUGUUCCGGCAGAACACCAUCAUCGUGUACAUGAAGCUCCGCUGGAUCCUCAAGCACUGGAGGCUCGGUCGCAGGACCGACAUUGCUGAGGAGGGGGCGCACGCUGAGUAUGAGCGGUUGGAGAGUAUUCCAGAGGUGGGAGUGGUGGUGGAGCAUGGAGAGGGGGAAACAGAGCGGGAGGAUAAAGUGUGUCCCCAGCCGAUGUGGGGAGACGUCUCUGAACCUGGACCGCUCCUGCCCUCACCGGAAAGAUUCCAGUAUCAGAAACAGGUGGGGGACAGCAGGCGGGUGCUACAUGCCCUGCGCUUGCUGCUGGAGGAGCUGAGGGCGGAGCUGCGGGAGGAGGCACAGAGACGCUGUCAGCUGCAGCAGACGCUGGCCAGUGAGAGAGCAGCCUGGGAAAUACAGCGCAUCGAGAUGAGGAGCCACAUAGCACAGCUAGAGGAGUCGAGAACAGGAGCGUCAGGGUCAGCGGGCGGGGCGGACUCAUCCCGGCAGGAGCGUGAGAGAGAGCGAGAGGAGCAGCAGAGGCUCCUGGCGGACAGCCACAGCCUGGCUAUGGAGCUGCGCUGGAAGCUGCAGCACGGGGAGCUGCGCUGGAGCCGGGAAAGGAGUGAACUUCUCGAGAGGUUCGAGAGGGAGCGGCAGGAGUGGGACCGCAGCAUCCGCGACCUGCGCCACAAAAUGGAGAAGAUGCAGCGGGAGCUCCCAUUCCGUCACUCUGAGGGGGUUCCUCUGUCAGAAGGCGGAGUCCCACAUGUCUUCUCACCUCAGGACAGUCCCUGUAAGGCCCCCAGGUCUCCUCGAUCUCCCCGUGCAGCUCCUUGCGUGCCGUCCCGCUCCCACUCGGACUCAGAAGCCACUCUGGAAGAGAGGGGGCUGGGGAGGACGCGGCCCAGUGAGGGCCUCCGACCCCCAGAGAGCCUCUUCCUGGAUGCUCUAUCCCUGGACCCACCCAGCGAAGCAGAGGUGCCUCCUCCAUCCAGACUGGAGAGUGAGAAGAGGUUCCCCUGCCUAAAUGAGGCGCUGAAUGAAAUCUCUGAGAGAGCAGAUCCUGCACUGUAUGGGGAGGAAGAGCUGAGCAGUGGGAGCCUCCUCAGGGCGAAGUCUGUCUGCUCCAUGAGUGAUUUCCAGCGUUUGAUGGACAGCUCUCCCUUCCUGCCAGACAAGAGCAAGUCGGGUGAGCACGGACGGGACGAGGCCACCCCACCUCUCUCUCCAGAUGACCUCAAAUACAUUGAGGAGUUCAACAACAAAGGUUGGGACCUCCCUGCAGCAUCUCUCGCCUCCUGCCCCAUCCCAGGCCCUGCGCUGCCCCCAACGGUAGUGGAGGCCUGGGCAGAGCGGGCAGAUUCCCGCAGACCCCCGGACCCUCCAUCAGAAGCCUUUCAGCCGGCCUCCUGGUACCUGACCACAAGCGCCACCUUGACCACCAACACCAUGAGCAGCCCAGAGCACUGCCAGAGGCUGCCUCUGAGGGGUGCCUCUGGAUCCGAACAUUUUGGGGUCCGCGUCCUUCACAGCCCUACUCGGGGCGAGAGGGCAGCCCCUGGGCCUUCAGAGCAGGAGUACAUGUUUUCCAAAGUGAGCAAAGCCAAGGCAGGGGAGGGGGAGGACGUUUUUGGAGGCAGAUGGCCUUGUGAGCUGAGGGGACACCAUCUGGAGACGGGUCUGGGUUAUGCAUCCUCGCUGGAGCUGGAGCUGUCCCGCAAUCUGAGCGAUGACAUGAAGGAGGUGGCCUUUUCUGUCCGCAACGCUAUCCGCUCCAGCACGGCCUCCGCCCCCACCCAGCUACGGGAUGCAUCCUGCCAGACCAAUGGCUUCACCACACGUGGGACACAGACCACCCAGACCAUCAGCGUGGGCCUGCAGACUGAGGCCCUUCGAGCCCUCACCAGCAGCCCCCAUCGCUGCCUCACGCCAAAGGGGGGUGGCUCCACACCAGUUUCCUCACCCUCACGUAGCCUCAGGAAGGUGCAGUACUCUCCUGUGGCACAGGGCAAGUUCGAGCGCCCCUGCUGCUCACCGAAAUAUGGCUCUCCCAAGCUGCAGCGCAAACCCUCCUCCACUGCCCCCACAGCUAAACCUGAGGCAUCCGGUGGCCCAUCCCGAGCCCCGACACCUGCAGUCGCCUCCCAGCCACCCAAGGGCAACAGUGAGUCAGCUUGGGCCCGCUCCACCACCACCCGUGACAGCCCCGUCCACACCACCAUCAACGACGGUCUGUCAAGCCUCUUCAACAUCAUUGACCACACACCUGUUACCUACGACUCACAACAAAAGUUUAACAGGUCACCUAGCCGCUCCCGGCCUGUUGAAAGCGGGCCCACGGGUAGUUACGGAGCAGCACAGGAGUUGUUGAAAGUGUCCCGGGGCCGCUCGCCCAGCCCUGUGCAGCUCAUAGUCGAAUCGCAGGACGAGAAGACCCUCGAAACAGUUAGCAUCAGACAGGAUCUAUCAGCUCCGCCCGGCUACACGCUAGCGGAGAACGCAGCACGGAUUCUGAAUAAGAAAAUGCUGGAGCAGGGCUUCAGGGACGAGAAGAGGCCGCCCAGUUCAGGCGGGACAUCCCAGAGCAGGACAGGAGACGCGGACAAACCUGGAUGCAUUGAGGUUCCACAGAAAGAGGAGUGGACCACCUGUAGGCUGCAGUGAUCUUUCGUCAUGGAGUCUUAUCACACAGGCCCUUUUUGCCAGUCAUCUCCUGUAUCUGAUGCGAUUGUGUUUUGUGCUGAUGAGUGUUUUCCCCUGUCUCCCUCUCCGGGUUG